CGUCACCACCGCCUCGUCGACUGCCAGUCAAGGCCGGUUCUGGGAGGCUGCCUCUGCUUCUUCCCUCAGUCGCCUCCGCUUUCCUGUCCAGGGAGAGGGGCUUCCCCGCCCGGGCCUCGAGGGAAGGAAGCAGGCAGGCCGCAGCCGAUGCUCCUGGUUUUCCGUUUGAGUCUCCGCCCCACAUUUAUGGCGAUUCUGAGAGUCCGGGCCGACUUCUGCCGGGCCCAGCACCGCUCCCUGGCUGGGAAGUAAGCCGGGGACCAGGGUCUUUCGUGCCAUAAGUGAACUUUGCCUUGAAGAAGUCUUCCGGACACCGAGACACACGCCUCAAAUAUAUGGGGUUAUCUCCCGCACAUUGGAAACCUCUUCCUCUUAGUGACGCUAGAGAAGCCAAGCCUGGCUGAACCCAAGGGGAGAGAGAAGACCUGCCCUUACAUUUUCUUUGUGCCUCACCAGUGCCUAAAUGUAGAAAAGGCCGCCUCCUGCGUUUGUUUGCAUGUAGUAGGAACCUGAAGGGGAGCAUUACCUGCUGUUGCCGAGGCUGAAGUCGAACCCCAGCAGAUGCCCAAGGAAAACCGGCUUUUCUGGAAGUGAAGAAUCACCCUGAAGGACAAACCCAACGAGGAAAAGCUCUGAUCGAUCCCUGGACACUUCAGUGGUCUCUUUUUUAAUGUUUUCUGCUGUGAAACGUUGCAAGAUUUGAUUUCCCCUCCCUCCUGACACAUUCCCUCUCCCUUCGCCACUAUGAACCGUCCCGCUCCGGUGGAGAUCACCUACGAGAGUAUGCGCUUCCUGAUCACCCACAACCCAACCAACGCCACCCUCACCAAGUUCACGGAGGAGCUGAAGAAGUACGGAGUAACCACCUUGGUGCGAGUCUGUGAUGCCACCUAUGACAAAGCGCCUGUUGAAAAAGAAGGAAUCCAAGUUCUUGACUGGCCAUUUGACGAUGGAGCCCCGCCACCAAGUGAAAUCGUGGACGACUGGCUCAAUCUGUUGAAAACCAAAUUCCGUGAAGAACCCGGCUGCUGCGUUGCUGUACACUGUGUGGCCGGCCUGGGAAGAGCCCCAGUUCUGGUUGCCCUCGCACUCAUUGAAUGUGGAAUGAAGUAUGAGGAUGCUGUGCAGUUUAUAAGACAGAAAAGGAGGGGAGCGUUCAACUCCAAACAGCUGCUUUACCUGGAGAAAUACCGGCCGAAGAUGCGGUUACGCUUCCGGGACGCCAACGGCCACUGCAUUGUGCAGUAAAGCAGGAGCCCCCUCUUUGUGGAGGUCUUUCUGGACUUGUGGAACCUGGAAACAUAAUUCUGGAAGGAGAUGACCUCCUUUCCCAUAGUGGAGUUGCUGCUCCUCAGCCUUGGUCCUAAAUGAUGAUGAUUGUGAUAAAUAAUAAUAAUAAUAAUAAUAAUAAUAAUAAUAAUAAUAAUAAAAUUACAACAUUUCAGUGAAGGAUUGUCUUCUCAUGUUGCAGUUCUGAUCACCUGCCAAGAGACAAAAGUUCCAUGAACCUUCUGUAUUUUUAACUUUUUUGGAGAGAAAUUAAUAAAGUCAAUUUUAUGUUUCAAGGAAAA